UGGGGUCAGUGGCAGGAGCGCCGCGCACCGCCAGCCACGAGGGGCGUGAGAUGGGGGAGGCAGAGGAGGGGUGCGCCCUCACGGAUUAGAGCCAACCGCGCACUUCCGAAGGCUGCGGGGCUGCGCUUCCCUCCCGCGCCCCGGGAACUUCAAAGCGGCGGGCGCUGCCCCGGCCGCCAGGUCCGCUCUGGGGCCUCGCAGCCCCGCGCGGCCGCCCGGUGGCCAUGACCCGAGCGCUCGGCGCUGCGCUCCGCCAGGCUCUGCUGCUCGCCGCGGCCGCCGCGCUCUCCGCAGGACUGAAGUGUGUAUGUCUUUUGUGUGACUCUUCAAACUUCACCUGCCAAACGGAAGGAGCAUGCUGGGCUUCAGUUAUGCUAACCAAUGGAAAGGAGCAGGUGAUCAAGUCCUGUGUCUCUCUCCCAGAAUUAAAUGCUCAAGUCUUCUGUCAUAGUUCCAACAAUGUUACCAAAACCGAAUGCUGCUUCACAGAUUUCUGCAAUAACAUAACACUGCACCUUCCAACAGCCUCACCAAAUGCCCCCAAACUCGGACCUAUGGAGCUGACUGUUGUUAUUACUGUGCCAGUGUGCCUGCUGUCCGUGGCGGCAGUGCUGAGCAUCUGGGCAUGCCAAGGUCGACAGUGUAGCAACAGGAAGAAAAAGAGGCAGAAUGUGGAGGAGCCCCUCUCUGAAUGCAACCUGGUAAAUGCUGGGAAAACUCUGAAAGAUCUGAUUUACGAUGUGACCGCCUCUGGAUCCGGAUCUGGGUUACCUCUGCUGGUUCAGAGAACAAUUGCCAGGACGAUUAUCCUCCAGGAGAUUGUAGGAAAAGGCCGAUUUGGUGAGGUCUGGCAUGGAAGAUGGUGUGGGGAAGACGUGGCUGUGAAAAUAUUCUCCUCCAGAGAUGAAAGAUCCUGGUUUCGCGAGGCAGAAAUUUACCAGACGGUGAUGCUGAGACACGAGAAUGUCCUUGGUUUCAUUGCUGCUGACAACAAAGAUAAUGGAACUUGGACCCAACUUUGGCUUGUCUUGGAAUAUCAUGAACAGGGCUCCUUGUAUGACUAUUUGAAUAGAAACAUAGUGACUGUGGCUGGGAUGAUCAGACUGGCACUUUCCAUAGCUAGUGGUCUGGCCCACCUUCACAUGGAGAUUGUUGGUACACAAGGCAAACCUGCCAUUGCUCAUCGGGACAUAAAAUCAAAGAAUAUCUUAGUGAAAAAAUGUGAAACUUGUGCCAUAGCAGACUUUGGAUUAGCUGUGAAGCAUGAUUCCAUACUGAACACUAUUGACAUACCUCAGAAUCCUAAAGUGGGAACCAAAAGGUAUAUGGCCCCUGAAAUGCUUGAUGAUACAAUGAAUGUGAAUAUCUUUGAGUCCUUCAAACGCGCUGACAUUUAUUCUGUUGGUCUGGUUUACUGGGAAAUAGCCCGAAGGUGUUCAGUUGGAGGAAUUGUUGAGGAGUACCAGUUGCCUUAUUAUGACAUGGUGCCUUCAGAUCCCUCAAUAGAGGAAAUGAGGAAGGUUGUUUGUGAUCAGAAGUUUCGACCAAGCAUCCCAAACCAGUGGCAAAGCUGUGAAGCACUCCGAGUCAUGGGGAGAAUAAUGCGCGAGUGUUGGUAUGCCAAUGGGGCAGCCCGCCUCACUGCCCUUCGUAUUAAGAAGACUAUUUCUCAACUUUGUGUCAAAGAAGACUGCAAAGCCCAAUGAUGAUAAUCAUGUUAAAAAGAAAUCUCUCGCAGCUUUUUUCCCCCAUUUUCCCUCUUUAUGUGAAUGUGUUUUGCCUUUGUUGUUGUUGUUGUCUACCUCAAUGAUAAUGCAGUACAGUAUUUAAGUGUGCAAAGGCAGCAUGAAAAAAAUAACUCACAUCAAGCCGGAGUUGACUUUAUCCAGUCUUCAUGUUGUCUAAUUUUAUUUUGAAAAGCAACACAUCAGCUCAUGUAUUUAAUAAGAAAGAUACUGUAAAGGUGUAAAAAAUAAGCUAUAUAAAAUAAUAAGCAUCAUUAAGGUUUUAUUUUACUUGAACCAAGAGUGCAUGAAUGAAUGGAGAAAAAUGUGUUGAAAAAAAGUGAGAUGAAAACAGUCAUUAAAAAUAUAAACUAGAAUAUGUUAUGUCUAAUCAAAAUGUAACAUCAUUCAGUCUAUGGCAGUGGUUCUCAACCUUCCUAAUGACGCGACCCUUUAAUACAGUGACCCCCAACCAUAAAAUUAUUUUCGUUGCUACUUCAUAACUGUAAUUUUGCUACUGUUAUGAAUCAUAAUGUAAAUAUCUGAUAUGCAGGAUGUAUUUUCAUUGUUACAAAUUGAACAUAAUUAAAGCAUAGUGAUUAUUCACAAAAAUAAUAUGUAAUUAUAUAUGUUUUCCGGUGGUCUUAGGCGACCCCUGUGAAAGGGUCGUUCGACCCCCAAAGGGGUCGCGACCCACAGGUUGAGAACCGCUGGUCUAUGGUGUUCUCUAUUUUUCAAAUUAAGCAGGAUCUUUAAAAAAAUAAGUGUUGCUCCAAAUUUAGUAUACAAAACAGAGAAGUGGAGCUUCUCAGUUGGAAGGUGGAAGUGAGGUCUGGGUCCCAGUGACUUGGUCCCCCAACCCCUACCUUUCCCUACUCUUCAUAAUCCAGCAGCCCCUGAAGCAAACAGUUAGAAAGCCACUGAAAUUGUUACUUCCUCUCAUUUACAGAAGAGAUGCUUGACAUCUGGAGACAUGGAGAAAUGUCUCAAAGUCACACCACUAGUGGGAGAGCUGGCUCUAGGUCUGAGCCUUGGGACCAUCCACACUGCAGAGAUAGCUAGCUUCUUACUGCCCUUUUAAUUCCAACAGUAUUUCUCUUCCUGUGCCAAAACUUCUUUCAUGAUGAUAUUUGUGGUUUAGUGACACAAGACAAAUUGAGGUUUUUUUUGUUUGUUUGCAGAAUCAUAAUGGAUCUGCAUGAACUCUUAGGACAAUACCCAAUGAUGUUUUUCCAUAGAGCUGUCAGAGUCACCCUAUUUGUUAGACAAGUACUAAUGUUUUCUAAAAACGUGCAGAGGUAAAUCAAACAUAAAGAUCCAUUGUCAGAAGAUGUCUUUAAGAUGCAUUUCAGAGGUCCCUAUUACUUUUGUGCAUACACAUUUAGAAAGAAAAGAACAGAAAAGGAAGAAGAAACUAGGAAAUACCUUGAAAAAAAUUAAGAAACCCUUAAAUGAAGUAUAACAACCAAAUUCCAUAGAGGGUAUCAGUAAGUAUAAAUAAACAUUUCCUACCCUUUUAAAAUGAGUGAGUGAGUGGGUGCAGAAGAAGGCUCAUGAUAAUAUUGCCUGUAUUCUACUUCCUGUGGGGAUACUAGUAGAAGUGAUGAACUCUGAAAAAUAGAUAGAACAUUAAAUAUUUCCUAUAAAUCUAUAAUUCUGUUUUGGUGAAGGAAUUUGGUGAAGUUAACAUGGUAUCUUCUAUUGUCCUAAAAUACUAUUUUCUAAACUCUGUUCCUUAGAAUACUCUUCUACUGAGAUGAUCCAAGACCAAAAGGAUUAUUUGAUAGAUUCUUAGAAUGUGAUUCCGCACAUUAGUGUGUCGUGUGCUUUGAUGGGUCUAGCAGUAGAGAAAUGUUACUUGGAUUUCUUUAGAAUGGAUUUCCCAAAUUAUUUGACCAUGGAACCUUUUUAUUAAGAGGAGGGCAAACCUUUUAUUACUCCACAUUUCAAUGUUCUACAAAGCACAGCUUGGGUAACAGUGUCUGAAAACAAUUUAUAUAUAUAUAAAUUUUUUUUCACAUAGACCACACUGCAGUGCUUGUAAUUUACUUAUCUGUGGACAUAUGUUACUGAACCCUUCUUCAUUUGACUGGGAUGAUAUAUCAAAGCCAAAAACCUGGCAGCUAUCGUGUGUAUAUACUUUCACUCUCACCCAUUCCUUAAAUAAUGUGGGGCAUCCCAUAUCUUCCUUGCCAAUAUUGGGCCCAAUAGGGGAAUUAAAGGAUAGAUAGGUUCUGCCCUCAGGGAUUUUAAACUCUAACUUGAGAACGGGAACAGACAUGUAGAAGUGUGGAGGAAGAAAGCAAAUUGACAAAUAAAUAUAGCACAAAGUAGGAUGUUUUGAGUUCUAUAUGACAAGAUGAUUUGACUUCCAUAUGACAAAUUAGGAUGUUUUCAAUUCUGUAUGACAAAGUAGGAUGUUUUGAGUUCCAUAUGACAAAUUACUUUCAAUCUGCAAUACAGGUAGAAACAUCUUUACUUGGCUAUUCCAGACAAUCUAAAUAAUAUGUGAACUUUUAAAAAUUGCAUAUGUGAAGGAUUUUUUAAACAGCUUAUGUGAAGGGAGUAAUCUUGCUUAUGCUUGUUACCUUCAUUUGUCAUAGAUUGUUUCUGCAUAUAUAAGAAUGAAAUUAUUUAUUUACUAUGGUUGUACUAUAGUUUCAAAUAAAUGAGGAUAACAUUUUCUGUUUUACUCACUUAUGUUGGGUGAAUAUACUUACUUAAUUUUUAAGAAAGGCUGUUUUAACCUCUCCAUUUUCCUUGUCAUUAUGUUUAUAAUUUAUUUGAGUGUGUCCAAAUAUAAUUUCAUGUUUUUAUUGGUUCAACUUUCAAUUCAGAAAAAUCUGUACAUUUUGAGAUUUUUUUUUGUUUUUGUGUUGGCUAACUAGAACUCCUAACUCAAUAGUUUUAUAUUUUAAUUACCAAGUACAUUAUUUUUAAGAAAGGGGGUAGAUUAACAAAAAUGAUUAGAAAAAUUAAAAGUUCUAAUUUUUCUUAAUUCUCAAAAUUAUAAAUAGGAAAUGCUCACUUAAAAAUAAGAUAAAGUUUAGAACAUUAAGCAAAUUUACUGUAUAUAUAUAUCUAUGUUGUAAAACUUUGUUUUUUGUUUUUGAUGGAGUCUUAUUGUGUAAUAUUUAUUUCUUUUGAAUUGUGUUAAAAACAAAAAAUAUUGUUAUUUGAUUCAAAGUGUCAUUGUUCUUUGCUCUUUUUAAAUAUUUUGUCUUUGAGUAUAAUAUAAAGCUUGAGAAAAUGCUAUUUAUGAAAUUUCAGUACUGUAUAAAAUAGUGAAGGAAUAUAUAUAUAUACGCAGCAUCACUCCCUUAAAGUAAGGGAAACAAUAUUUGUUGACAAUUAUUUUAGCAUGAACUUGUUGCCUUAUAAUCUUUGCGUGUAAUUGGGUACAGACUUGUGUGCUUUCUUCUAUGUCUAAAAUAUUUGGCAUGUAACAUCAAAAAUUCUUAAUUUUUGUUCUGACUUGAAAGUUAAGUGAAAUAUGACUGUGUCAUGCACUAUUUUAGGUGUAGCACUUGCUUUUCGUCUUUACACUUUCAAUUAACUUUGCAUUUUAAAUUCCAUGAUUGUAUGAAAAUAGUAUCCUGAUUGCAGUGUCUGAAGACUUAAAAAUCAGGUUUUAAUUUAAAAUGAAGAUCUUCAAUAGGUUCAUUAGAAGUCCCAUAAUAAUUUAGUAUUGCUUUUACUUUAGUAGAAUGAUUAAACAAAACAAAGGAAAACUGCUGUGCUGGAAUUUUAUGACCAUGUGACUUAUUGGGGGCAGAGAAAACUCAGGGCUAUCUUUGAGUUUACACAACAGGACCAGGGCACCUACUAGCAAAUCAUCUGAGAGCAGGGAGCCCACAUUUGCCAUUAUACAAAAUCCAACGUAAAAUUGCUUGGCAGGGAAUAGUGUUUGGUUAAUUAUUUAAAAUAAAUAUGAAAAUGUAUUUUGUUUAAAUAAAUGUAUUUAAAAUAUGGAUAUUUUAUUUCCCACCAGGAAGUUAAGAAAGUAGACGUAGAGUAUCAAAUGAAUACAGUUGACCGCAAUUGAUGUUUUCAAUAUUCGUUCCUUUAAAGAAAUUUACAAAUAUACCAUUUUAAUUUACUUGGAAUGUUUGAGAAUUAGUAUCUUAAAAUGUUAUUGUUGUGGUCUUUGGAGAUAUUCUAAAUAUAAUUUUUCUUGGGAAACAUACUACUUUAUGUGUGACAAUGCUUUGCAUUAGCCCUCCAUAAACUAAGACCUAAUGUGGACUUUAUGUCCUAUUUAGUGAAGAGCAUAAUCUUUCUGCUUCUGAGGGCUUCUACUAAACAGAAAAAAUGUCAGUUGGAAAAUGAGAAAAUUAAUCAAAGAGCUAAUGUUAAAAAAAUUCUAUAAUACAGGCAGUUUUAAACAUUUCAAUGCAAAUUUUCAGAUAUUUGACUUUCUUUUUUCCCCUCUAGAUUUUCUUUUACAUUUCAUUCUUUUUCUCACCUCCUUUUCCCCUCACUGUCUUCCAAAAUUAGGUUUAGUCUCUAAUUUAAAAACCCCACACUAGUUAUUAUUUAAUUUAAUCAUCCCAGUACUUAUUCUAAUGAUGGAGAAUCUAUCACUGGUCUAAAUUAUUACAGAUGUGUCACAGACAAAAACAAAACCAGAACUUGCGAAUCAUAAAGGAUGUAAAAGAUUUUCUAAUUCAAUUCCCAUAUUUUUAUAAAUGAAGAAACCAAGGAUCAGAGAUGCUAUUUAUUAGCAGAACUGAGAGCCCAGUAGGGAUACCCACCAUGGUGUCCUACUAUAUCCAACAUUUAUAAAUGAAAAAAUAAUUAACGUGCAUCUAAACCUACCUUGAAUGUGCCAUUUGAUAGUGGUGAUCAAAUCUUACUCUUUAUUUCUGCUGAAAUAAUUUGCUCACUCAUGGUGAGGUCGGUGAGAAAAACAAAAAUGGGCUAAGGAAGAGUUUUAAAUAGCUAGGUAGUGCUGAAUAAAUUUUAGGAAUUGUGAGAACAUGGAGUUUCUUAGUGCAAGUAAUGAUAAGAGAUGCUUCAUAACUCUCUUUUUCUCUCCUUUCUCUAGGAUUGCUGUUUCUCUUUAUGCAUUGGAAUGGGAGUGAAAGAUGAUUUGGUAGUUGAAUUUGAGACAAUAUUGAUAGCAUAUUAUCUUACUUCUCUCCUAGUUUCUCAUUAGUUUAUCUUUGGUACUCAUCUUUUUUUAUUACAUUAAAAAUUUGUAUUUCCUCAAUUCUAAACACUCUGUAAUUCCUGUUCUAGUAGUUUUAGCCCCUGCCAGAUUGCUACAAAAUAUUAAAUUGUAGUUCAUUUCCACAAUGACUAGUGUCAAGCUCUUCUAUUCUUUUGAUCCUAGACUGGAGAAAAUUAUUCAAACUUAAUCUGAGUUUCAGGUUUUAAAAUGCCCUAAAAACAGAAAGUGAGAUUCAGAUCUCAAAAAAAGGGAUUUUGGAUUGCUUUUCAAAGUACUAACACUAAUUAUACUUUUGGUAGUGUGACUUUUCUUGUGCCUAAGAGCACCAAACUUCUUGACAAGAUUUUACUUUCCCAUACCCACAUAUGAGAGGUUGCAUCUCAUGCUUUCUCUAGUAAUGUUUCACUCGGCCUGAUGAAGAGGGUGUUUGUUAAAGGCAGAGUGAUUUUCUUUUACACUUUAAAGAAGACUAUCAGUCUACUUAUAUUCUAGCUUUCAGCUAACAUAUAAGGAAUGUGUCUACAGGUGCCUUAAUGCUAAAGUCCACUUAAGAAAUAGUGACUUGAGCAGAGAAUGUGAAAUCUAUGUCCCAUAAUGUGAUUGCUAAUGUUAUUUCUGCAUACCAUUGCUUGUUUUGCUUUGGCCAUCUUUUAAAGUUAAGCUAUUAUACCAUAUGAUUUAAAUACAAUAUUAUAUUGAAAUUAGAUAGUAAUCCCCAUUUUAAUAUCUCUCAAAUGAGGGCUGCCAGGGUACUUCUUAAUUUAGUUGGGAGAGUAUCUCAUCCUAGAUUUUAAUAUUUUCAGAUAGGACUAUAUUUUCUUAUUAUUUGUCCAUGUUAUCCUACACAAAGUUUUCCUCUCUAGAUCUAAUAGUUUUGACUGCAAGAUGCUUACCCUGGGUUACAUGCACCUGAAUGGUAAAAGAGCCACUAGGAAUCUGAGUGUAUUGGGAAAUUAGCCCAUGCUGAUGCCACCGGAACCAGCUGGGCAUGUGUGCUCUGCACACACACUCUCAGAGGCAGGUAGGGGCUGAAAUCCAACCUGCAAGUGGCUCCUUAACUCAGAAAUAGUUUUAUAUUUUUCAGAAGAGGGCCCUGAUUAUACAUCUUCAGAAAAUGAGAAUGAAAAUUUCUAAGUGGUUUUGGCAUCUGCAAACACAAUAGAGAACUGAGAGGAAAAAAGACAUUAGAUUUUCAUCCUAAUAUUCCCAAGACAGCAAAAGACAGUGUAUGAUUUACCCUGUUUAUUAAGAUUUUCAACUCAGACAUUCUGCACCAAAAUACAUGGACCCUAAUUUUGGUAUCUGUGAGUUUUCAUUCCAUUUGCAAACAUAUUCAUUGACUUUGCCUAUAAAGGGGCAAUUACAUGCCUAAGUUCUGAUUAGUGCAGGUAUAGAAUGAGACUUACCAAUGUCCCCAUUUCCUCCAGUAGGCUAAAUACAAGCAAUUAGAUUUUUUUUUAAAAAAAAUACAACUAUUUUUUCCCCUUUAUAUAAAGUAAGGACAUCUGAGCCAAAAUAUUAAAUUCCAGUUCAUUUCCACAAUGACUAGUGUCAAGCUCUUCUACUCUUUUGAUCCUAGACUGGAGAAAAUUAUUCAAACUUAAUCUGAGUUUCAGGUUUUAAAAUGUCCUAAAAACAGAAAAUGAGAUUCAGAUCUCAAAAAAAGGGAUUUUGGAUUGCCUUUCAAAGUACUAAUACUAAUUAUACUUUUGGUAGUGUGACUUUUCUUGUACCUAAGAGCACAUUACAAAUGUCAAAACCAUUGCAGUUUGACACUGUGAAACAUGCCUUGAACUCUUGAACUACUGUGAAAAAAAAGCACUGUUGUAAAGACUUAUUGUAAGCUAGCUGAUGUUCUUAAGUGUGUAACAUAUAGUAUCUUUUAACAGGCCCAAGUGAACGUAUAUAAGAAAUAUGAAGAAAUAGGUCUUGAAAUGAAAAUUGGGCAAUAAAUGGUAGCAAAAAGUAUGCAGGUGGCAAUUUUAAUCGUUGCAAUUAAUUGUUGAAGCUGAAGAGAAUUCCAAAGAGAAAUGAAUGAUAUUCAGGUGUUUCAUGGAUUUCUAGUCUGUGGAAAUAUGUAUGUUUUUGUUUAGAAAUAGUAUUAUUUUAAAUUUAGAAAGAACUCAGUGAUAGCCUUCAUACCAAAAUGUUUAGCUUUACUAACAGCAAGUCAUAAAGUAUUUAUUUUAAAGCUUUUUAAAUAUAACUUUUAGCUGCUUCCUGAUGUAAAUACUUAUUGGCCUAAAUGUUAUAUUUUUAUGUAUGCAUUUUCUGAAAGUUUGUUUUGUAAAGUGGCAAAGAUAAUAAAUUAAGCACUCCUUGCACUUGUUUCUGUGAAGCAUAUAGAGCUCUAUUUUAAAUAAAAUGAAAAUGUGUCAUC